AUCGUAUAUAUGGACGACGAUAAGGUUUCAAUACAGUCUACAGUAUCUAUACACGCAUUAAACAUGCUCCUGGCAACGUUAGCCAUUUUCGGCCUCUUAUCGCUCUCUAAUGCUGGCCUGCUGCCGCAGUACGAUCCAAGGAUCGUAAACGGCGAGGCUGCGAAGCCAGGAGAGAUCCCGUAUCAGGUGUCCCUUCAAAACAAGGGCAGCUCGUUUCACUUCUGCGGCGGAUCGAUCCUCAACAAAAAUUAUGUCAUCACCGCGGCUCAUUGCGUCAGAGACAACUCGGCUGGACUGAUCAAAGUUGUCGCCGGCACGGUAAAUUUGACGAACCCUGUAAUUCAGCGCAACGUACAGAAAAUCAUUGUUCAUGAAAAAUAUAACGCAAGCGAUUCUUGGAAGAACGAUAUAGCGCUGCUUAAGGUUGACAAACCGUUCGUGACAUCGAAGCAAAUUGCCAACGUCCCACUGCCAACUCCGAACCAAAAUAUCACUGCCAACACAGUAGCCACAGUCUCUGGAUGGGGCAGACUUUGGCAAGGCGGCCCCACGACUGUUGAACUGCAACGCGUGAAUAUUUUGAUCGCGAACCAAGCGUACUGCAAACUCAUCUAUGGAAAUGAGUCCCUCAACGUCUACGACACGCAGAUUUGCGCCUAUGACCCAACCGCUCAAAAGGGAUCGUGCAACGGUGACUCUGGCGGUCCUCUGACAGUGAAAGGAAAACUCGUUGGUCUCGUUUCCUGGGCCAUGGGUUGCGCCCUUACGGACUACCCGACCGUCUACACACGCGUCUCGUCUCACCUUAAUUGGAUAAAGACGCACGCAGUCUAAAUCGAACAAACGGAAACCGCGAGAUCCAAAUAAAAAGUAAUAGGAAUACAAAACUUAACGAGCAUUAAAACUCAAACGAAAUGUACCAAUCUUUUCUAUAUUGAGAGUGACGAUUAUACCGUGAAAUGUUACCACAAAUGCAAUAAAACCACGACUUGAACAA